AGAGAGAGAGAGAGAGAGAGAGAAUGACAAGGACAGACUGACACAUGCUGGGGGAGGAAAAACAGAGAGGGAGAGAGAGAGAGAGAAAGAAAGAGAGAGAGGGUGGGCACUGGCAUAGAGGGUUGCCCAGUUUCCAACGAUCUUUGCUGGAAGGACAAGCGAGCCAGACGCCUGCGUGCCUCUCCUCCCGCUCUGACGAGCCCUCCAGCCCUGCAGGUCGAGUGCCCCUGACCCCCCUCCCCGGCUGCACGCCGCAGGUCAUCCCCAUCGACGCCAGUGCCUGGUCCACACCAAACCAUGAAGAGACCCUGUGACUACAGCUCCCCGGACACGGACGGCGAGGAGCUCAUCGACGUCGGCCAGGAGGACGCGUUCUGCCCUGUCACCGGCUCCAUCUCCCCAGGCAGCACCUCGCAGAUCCUCGCCCGCAAGAAGCGCAGAGGGAUCAUCGAGAAGAGACGGCGAGACAGGAUUAACCACAGCCUGUCAGAGCUCAGGCGUCUGGUCCCCAGCGCCUUCGAGAAGCAGGGCUCCUCCAAGCUGGAGAAGGCCGAGAUCCUCCAGAUGACAGUGGACCACCUCAAACUGCUGCAUGCCAUGGGGGGAAAGGGGUACUUCGAUGCCCGUUCGCUGGCUGUGGACUACAGGACGCUGGGCUUCCGGGAGUGCGUGGGGGAGGUGGUGCGGUACCUCAGCUCGCUGGAGGGCAUGGAGGCCCCCGACCCCAUCGGGGCCCGGCUGGUGUCCCACCUGAGCCACUGCGCCACCGAGCUGGAUCCCCUGCUCCAGAGUCCGGCUGGUCUGCCGUUCGGCCCCUGGCCCUGGGCCGCCUUUCCGGGCUCGGCGGCCCCCGCUGCAGCGGCGAGGCCUUUCGCCGGACCCCCACCCCGCCGGGAACUGCCAGCCCACACUGCAACUCUUCUGGGCAGCUACCCCACACACAGCCUGCGCGCUUCUGCCAUCGGCAGCCUGCCGGCCGCCCCCCCCACCACCAUGCUGGGCCCUGCCUUGGCCACCGUGCACAGGGUACCCCCGCUCCCCUCCCCCACCCACAGACUGUCGCAGCCCUCCCCGGAGUCCCGCGGCACCCCGCCCCUCCUGGCUUCCCCACCUCAGCUGUCCUUCAGGCCGUUCGCCCCUCUGGGCUCCGCCUCCGGGCAGCGGCGGUUGGGCACCGGCACCAGCAAGGCCUCGCCGCACUGGGGCACGGAGAUUGGGGCCUUCUGAUCCGCUCGCCCCCCGGCUUGAGCAGGAGACGAGAGCGGCUUCAAGACCUCCGUCCACAACCACUAUCCCCCUAAACCUCCACCCCUCUCAGUGAACUGAAGAUAUAUGCAUUUCACCAUGGGAUCCAGUGACUCUCCAAACGGUCGUUUACCUUACAUCCUAGUUGCCUACAUAAUGCUUAUCCAAAACAAUUUCUUUACCCAUAUAUGCAGCUGGACAAUUUACCGAAGCAUUUCAGGUUAUGUACCUGGCUCAGGGGUGCAACAGCAAGAGGAACGGCGACAUUCAGGUUACGAGCGUUUGGCUUAAACCUCUACAUGCUGCACGUUAAAGGAGCCUCGGUGGGGCACCGCUGGGAUUUGACCCCAGAACCUCCUGUUCGACAGCGCAGUUGUAUAGCGGCCCAGCACACGGAUAUGAAAUAUUCAGCUCAUCGGCCCUCCAUGUGCAGCCUUCAAGGCAGGAUCAAGAGAUCCGGGCCGCAGGGUGAUGGACAAGAGGUUCCAGAUGAUGAGAGGAAACUGGAACAAGGUUGAAAACACACAGGAUAGUUUGUCCUGACUCACCCCUUCUUAAGGAUUAAAGGACCCCUCCCCCCGCAAUAAGCAGUCCGGGUGGGUGGAAAAACUCAGAACUUGCCUCAUCCAAGCUCUCACACCCAAAUAUCUCAGAGUAAUAUUUUAGACAAGAACCGCAGCGAAAUUUGGUGUGUCUGUCUUUGGUUUUUCUCCCUGUUUGUUUGUUUGUUUGAUGAUGGAUUGUUUUGGUAAUGCCUUUUCUUCCUUGUAAUUCUGCUUCAGCGUUUAAACACAUUUUAUAAUGUUGAAUGAUCCUUUUAUAUUUGGCGCCUGUUAAGAGGCUUUAUGUUGUGGGCUUCUUGGAUGAUAUUAAAAGGAAUGCCUGAGAAGACGAGACGGA